CGUCGGCGCCUUUUGGUAUUGUCUUCUCUUCUCAGUAUGAAAAACCAGUGGCCACCGUGCAGGGCUGAGUGAGUGAGAAACAAAGAAUAUGUUGACACUGCUCUCAGCCGGAGCCGGCGGCUCUCCGCCUCCGGCAUUUCACCUAAUCGAACCCAAUUUGAAAUGGUCCAAUUCGAGGCGUUUAAGGAUUUGGGCUGGUGAAUUUCCCGAUUUUCUUCCUAAACAAGUGGAGAAGAUUAAAGACCCUUAUGCAAGAAAGCUGGCUUCACGAAUUGACAGAAUACCAGUGAACUUAUCGAAGGGAUGUGUCAUGAGUAGUUGUGUGAAGCCAAAAGAACAGACAGACGCCAAUCCAGUUGUGCUUCUUCAUGGUUUUGAUAGCUCAUGUUUAGAGUGGAGGUACACACUUCCGAUGCUUGAGGAGGCUGGAUUGGAGACAUGGGCAGUUGAUAUCCUUGGAUGGGGUUUCUCUGAUUUAGGAAGGCUUCCACUGUGUGAUGUAGCUUCCAAGCGUGAUCAUCUUUACCAGUGUAAUAUAAUACUUAGCGUGCAGGAUCAAGUACACAGUUAUACCCCAUUGUGCAUUGUGCAGAAUGCAAUGGUAUUAUAUCCAGUUAUGCAGCAUAAAGAAGGGCUGUGGUCUACCUACAUCAAGAGGCCAAUGGUACUUGUCGGACCUAGUCUUGGAUCUGCUGUUGCUAUUGAUUUUUCUGUUAAAUAUCCAGAAGCUGUUCAUAGGCUGGUUUUAAUUGAUGCAAGUGUUUACACGGAAGGUACAGGAAACCUUGCAACCUUACCCAAAGCAGUAGCUUAUGCUGGGGUCUACUUGUUGAAAAGUCUCCCACUUCGCUUAUAUGCAACUUCAUUAGUUUUCAAUGGCUUACCAUUAAGUACCUGCAUAGACUGGACUAAUAUUGGCCGCUUACAUUGUUCAUUACCUUGGUGGGAGGAUGCAUUGGUGAAUUUCAUGAUCAGUGGAGGUUACAAUGUCAUUUCUCAGAUAGAACAUGUCAAGCAAAAUACACUAAUAAUUUGGGGUGAAGAUGAUCAGAUUAUUGACUACAAGCUUGCAGUGAGAUUGCAUUGUGAGCUUCCAAAUGCAAUUCUACGCCAAAUACCGAAGUGUGGCCAUAUCCCUCAUGUGGAGAAGCCUGAUGCUGUCUCCAGGUUGAUAGUGGACUUUGUUCGCCCUGACCAAGCACAAAGGGCAAAUCCUGAAUCGGUCCCCACCAUCUCAGUUCCAGCUUGAUUACUGGUACUUGUACAAGCAGAUAGUUAGCAUAUCUCACAUGCGAAGAUCCGACUUCCUGAUUCUACUUAGUGAUGAGGUUAGUUUGCCAGCUUCAAUGGUGAAUAUGCUCCCACUCUUUGAGCACGUCGACCUUAUUGCCUACGUGUCUUUAUCAAAGGUGCUUUGGCGUCCAGUAGAGAAGUGUAUAAACUGAAUACUUGAGCACAGUAUUAGCUGAAUGCUUUAGCAUUCUGGUUUAUUUAUCUUCCAGCACAUGCUAAUCUUAUUUUAUGUCAAUUACCAGUUACUUUGAACUUAUUUGAUUUGCUGUUGACAUGUCUUGUUGUGCAACAAAAGUACAACCUUUCACAAAGUUCAAAGGUAGUUACCAA